AGUGGGAAUCAGGGUUCAGGGAGGGGUGUAGGGAAAGAAGAAGGUGAGGGCUGCCCCUGCCUUGAGCAAGGAUAGUUGGUGCAGAGAUUCUGUUCAACAAUGUAUUGAGCACCUUUUAUCUGCCAGGGCCCAUGGUGGAUGGUGAGGAUGCAGAAGUAAGAGACAUACCAUCAUUGCCUUCAUAGGACUUACCAACCAGCGAGGGAUUGGCUUGUUUAUUCAUCGAACCAAGGGGCACCCACUGUGUGCCCGAUGCUGGAAAUAAAAUGGUCUAUUCAGCAAUUGGAAGACUUAGAAAAAAAAGUUUUGUCCUUUAUAUGUAAUGGAAAUAGACCUUAAUGUAAUAGACCUUAUAGGCAUGAGAUCUCAUUUAAUUCUCCCAAAUAAUUUCAAGAGGCAGGUUUCAUUAUUUCCAUUUCACAGUAUGGAAACAGGUUCAGAGAAGUAAAUUCACUUGGUUAAUGUCACACAGCUAGGAAGUGGUGGAGCGAGGGUUCUAACCCCAACGAUCUGACAUGCAGGUGCCCAGAAGCCCUGCAGAGGCUAAUAGAGGGUUGUGGGAGAGAGGGGAGAGGAGCUGAGGUCUGCACACUUGCUCUCUGUGGGAGGCUUCUGUUCAGCUCCACCCCACGCAACCCCAUUUGCUUCCCCUCUGCCCGCGACAGUCCGUUUGUCCCUUGGUGUUUUGUGCCCGCGGCAGUGACCGUUGUGUAACAGUGCUGGGGUGAGGGUGGGGAGUCAGAGCUGACCUGGCUACUGGGACAGUGGUGGCUGCCUCUGUGUGUUUUUUCUCUGGCCACAGCACUCAGCAAAAUGGACCUUGGUCCCCAGGGUGGGCUGGAAGUGAAGUUUCCGGGUGAACUCUCACCUCUGUUCUCAUCCCUUCCCAGAUGUUGACACAGACGGUAUUUCCUUCAGCUUUUCUGGGACUCCGUCCCCUCCUUAUCCCUUACUCCUACACCCCUGAUGGCACUUCUGCUCCUCUAUCUGAGGGACAUGGGUCCCUGCGCCUGUUCCCCCUCAGGCUCUGGCUUCUCAGGGUCCUGGGUGCCCAUGUCACUGGGGGGAGGUAGGGCACCGUUGCUCAGGAAGGCAGCCAGGGCCCAGGGAAGGGCAGAUAAGGCGCUGCAUGUAUCAAAGGCUGCCAUGUGGGACUAAUGACUCCCAGUGCCCAACUGCUGGGGACAAAGUUCAGAGAUGGUGGGAGCAGGGGUGAGGGAAGGCCUCCUUAUUGCUGCUCCUGCCCUUCCAGGCCACCCUGGCUCUCUCCCUGCAUUUCUACGGGCCCCUGGUUGAACAGCAGCAGCCUGGGAAGCCUGGGCUGGUUCAUUCCUUGACCCUUAGGGCCACCGUUUCUUAUUCCCUCCUUACUGGGCAAGGUUGGCAGUCCAGGAAUGGUGGGGAGGCAGGUGUGACAUAACAGGAAUCAGAUUCUAGCCUCAGAUAUUUCUGUUUCUUUCCCCCAGACUCUGGGAUGUGAAGAGGCAUUCUUAUUUCUCAAGUCCUGGUUCUUCCACAUACUACUUCUGUGACUUAAGACAGUUUAUUCUUUCUCAGCCCCCAUUUGAUCAUCUGUAGUAUGGGAAGGAGUGUAAUAAUAAAUACUACCCAUUUGAGAGGGUUGGGAGGAAAGAGAUCAUGUGUGUAAAAUGCUUAGUACUGAUAAAAUCUUAGUGUUUGCUGAGAUGAUGAUGAUGAUGAGUGAUUAUGAUGGCAAAGGUGAUAAGAGUUUGCAGGGGCUGGGCACAGUGGCUCACACCUGUAAUCCCAGCACUUUGGGAGGCCAACGCAGGAGGAUCACGAGGUCAGGAGAUCAAGACCAUCCUGGCUAACACGGUGAAACCCCGUCUCUACUAAAAAUACAAAAAAAAAAAAAAAAAAAAAUUAGCUGGGCAUGGUGGCGGGCGCCUGUAGUCCCAGCUACUCGGGAGGCUGAGGCAGGAGAAUGGCGUGAACCCGGCAGGCGGAGCUUGCAGUGAGCCGGGAUCGCGCCCCUGCACUCCAGCCUGGGCGACAGAGCAAGACUCCAUCUCAAGAAAAAAAAAAAAAAAAAAAAAAGUUUGCAGGACCGGGCCAGGCGUGGUGGCUCACGCCUGUAAUCCUACCGCUUUGGGAGGCCGAGGCAGGCAGAUCAUGAGGUCAGGAGAUCGAGACCAUCCUGGCCAACAUGGUGAAACCCCGUCUCUACUAAAAUACAAAAAAAAAAAAAAAAAAAAAUUUAGCCGGGCGUGGUGGCACGUGCCUGUAGUCCCAGCUACUUGGGAGGCUGAGGCAAGGGAAUUGCUUGAACCCGAGAGGCGGAGGUUGCAGUGAGGCCAGAUCGCACCACUGCACUCCAGCCUGGCGACGGAGUGAGACUCUGUCUCAAAAAAAAAAAAAGAGUUUACAGGACCUCAGGCUCUUUCUUAACUCCCUGGAAUUAUCUCAAAGUGUACCCAGAUGGUCUGACCAUUGCAUCACAAUUGCUUGGGGGUUUCUCUAGGUCCCACCUCCUGAAUAAAGAUUCCUAAGGGUGGGGCCAGAUAAUCCUCAUUUUGAAGAAACUCUCCAGAUGCUUGAAAGGCCUAAGCCCUCUUCAACUCCUUUCCCCACUGUGAGCAACUCUCCCCCAACCCUGUUUUCCCCACAUUCCUCCUACUUUCUGGGACCUUUCCCCAGCCCCGCCAUCCCAUACCUUCCUUGAGCUGGAUAUUAUCCUGUGGUUCUCCUUCUCUUUCCAAUUCAGAGGUUAGAUACCACAGUCCUUAACUGGUUCUUUCGCUGGUUGAAGGUAAGGCAACUCCUCAGGGUGAGAAAGAGCGUGUGGGGAGUGGAGGUAGUCUCACAAGCAUGUGUGCCUGUUCUGCCUAGGAGGUUUGAAAGGUUAUAGGGCCUCAGGUUGUGACUGUGAGAGGGAGGAAGCCUGAGGCAGGGUCUUAAUUCGUAGCUCUUGGAGUAGCCACACAUCAUUCGCCCUGACUGCCAGAUCAUGGCCCCCUGAAUUAGCGGCUAAAAUUUGUGAACAGUCAUUUUUCCUGGAAAAAUCUGCACCAUGGUUUUAUAAAAUUCUUGAAGGAGGAUGUGACCACAGAAGAUUAACUAUCUUAAGUAUCCUCGAUCUGGAGAGAACAGAGGCAAACAGUGACUGCCUUAUUUAUUCUCUUGAUCAGGUUUAGGGUAAUUCCCGUGGGCUUCCCACAUAACGCCUCACCUGCCAAGACUUUUGUAGAGAAUUGGGGUGCACAGUGAUACCACCUUGUAUAUGCAGAGGAGGGUGGCAGCAGGAUACAGUCCCAUAAGAAAAUGAGGUUCUCUGGUGAUGGUCCUUUGGCAAUGUGUUUGGGUUGGGGUUGAAGUAGUCAGAUGAACCUUGUGCCAGGUCCAUGCAGGUGGAGGGGGGGUGGGGGGUGGAUCCGAAUGGAGUACAGAUAAAUUCUUGCUUCCUUUAAAGAGAUUAACAUUCACACCAAUCUGAUAACGCCUCACGCACUUUAGGGAGGGGCCUGUGCUUGGGGAAGGCCAUACAGAGGAGGGGAUGUGUUUGAUUUAUCUAAGGACUCUGUGCAUUCAGUGAACAUUUGCUGAGAGUCUACUAUGUGCCCUAAACAGAGAAGACUUACAUUUUACCCCAGGAAGUUCUUAGUGGCAUAGGGGAAUCGGGUAAGUGAGUAAGUAAAAGAGCAGUGGUCACACAGCAAGUACCAGGAAAGGCUAAGCCCAGACAGCCAAAAUAACAACAGUCAUUCAAGAGCUGCCGAGUGCCCACUGUGUGCCAGGUCCAGGGCUAAGCCCUGAGGAGGUAGGAGCAAACAAAGUAGAAACUCUCCUGCCUUCUGCUCACCAUCUUGGAGCAAAGACAGACAAUUAACACAUUUUCCAAACAGGUACACAACUACAAUUGUGCUAAAUGCUUUGAAGGAGUCCUUUGUUGAGUACCCACAUUUAGCCCACAGUAUCUCAAACACCCUAGGAAAUAGGUAGUAUUAUCCCCAUUUUACAGAUAAGGAAACUGAGGCACUAAAUCUUUGCUUCAGGUCAUGCAGCCAGGAAGUGAGCAGCUGGGUUUGCCUCAGACUGUCUGAUGCCACAACCCUCGCUCUUCUCCACCCUGCUGCCUUACAUUUGCCAAAUGGUAUACAGAAGCAACCAAACAAAAUGGACAAAUAGUCAUUGAGUUAGAGGCACUGUCAUGGCAGAUUGGACCAGUCUUGUUUACUUCUGCAUCCCAGUGCCCAGGACAGAGCCUGGCAUAUUGUAAAUGCCCGAUAAACAUUUGUUGAAUGCAUGACUGAGUCCCUGCAGUGUACCCAGAUGUGCAAAGGUGCAUUGUUAGGGGGCAGGGGAUGAGUGAGUGUACAGAGUACUGUCCCUUCCUUCGUAGUGCUUUGUGUUUGCCUGGAAAGGCAGAGAACUCAGGAAUAGGUGCACAGUACUGAAGCUGAACAACACAGGCGGGCAGUGUCCCAGUCAGCCCCAUGAUUCAUUGCCUUGGGAUUGGAGCAGACAAUAAGUGGCUAUGAGUUGGAGGAAGGAGAGGUCACCGUGGGCAGGAGAGGACUGUGAAGGUUUCCUGGAGGGCCAGAGCCUGCCCUCAGUGGGAUUGAUGUGAGGUGGGUGUUCCAGGUGUGGGGCAGGUAUUCCAGGUAAAAGUGAGGAAGUGGGGAAAGGAGACUGAACCAGAAGCCCCCAAAGAAACUGCUGAUCCAAAGAUUUUGGAUUUGAAUAAAGGAGGGACUGGCCAUGAUUUUGUUGGAGAGGAGGGGGCAUUCAAAACAGAGACAGUAGCUGGGUCUAGCUGGGAUCUGCAAAUGCACGACCUCAAAGCCAGGGGAGAUGGGCAGAAGAAGGGGGUUAUUGUUGUGAUGGGGUGCAGCUUCUGGUUGACUAGGGCAGAGGUUGGGAGAGGCUAGUGUGAGGUAGGGGCUGGAUAUAUGGAGAUGGAUGUCAAAUAAGAGCCAGAUGUUCAUCCAGAGACCAGAGGGUGUGGGGUGGGGGAGUGGCCAGGGAAAGGCUGCUGGUGUCAUUAUCAUCGGCAGCUCUGUCCCAGUUAGACCUGCUGGGCUCCCUGUUGCUAAGGACAGGCCAGGGCAGCUCCCAAUGCCAAUUCCAGGGCUAGUCAGCCCUGACCACAGUUCUGACCCCAAUCUUGACCUGUGUUCCCUUGUACGCACCUGCCCAUGGCAGCAGGAGGGAGAGGAGAGGAGCCCUAGCAACUGUAUGUGUUCCUGUGUGCAUGCUCUGGGGCAUGUGUGCACACUCUGUGGCCUGUGUGCACGUUCUGGGGCAUAUGUGUUGGGGGAAAGUCGGGGAAGGCUAACACCUACUCCUCAACCCAAGCCUUGCCCAAUUCAAGCUGGCCUUUUAUGGGGGUGGAGAAUACUGGGCACCGUGGGUGAUUGUCAGAAAAAGAGGAUUUGAGAUGUCAUACCUCAUGCAUAUGCACUGACUUGGCAUCUCAGAAUAAAGAGAAAUGAGACAUCAUCCCCUCUCCCUCCAGCCAACCUUAAUGGAGCCCAGUGUGACAAGUCAAGGUCCCAGGGUCUGGGGCGUGUAAGGACGUACUUGUGUCUCUUUCCUACCAUGCAUGUGGGGAGGGGUGCUCCAACUGGGGAUGCUCGAGGUCUCACCCUUCCACUGGCUCUCUCUCCCUAUCUCAGUAUCAAGGUAAUUACCAUCGGUGACUAAGGCAGGAUGCUCGUGAGAAGGAGGUGUUGGGUGAAGCACAGAGCAGAGAGCAGGGAGGAAAAGAAGGAAAGAGGGCGGGCAGCCGGGCUUGGACCCAGGGAGCGUCAGGUGGGUGAGGGUGUUCCAUGGGCGGGAGCUGCUCUAGGCAUGCCAGGCCUCUUACUGGCUCCUCCAGCUGGGGCAGACACUGCUGCUACACCCAGCUGUGGAUGAGAUUCAGGGAUCUGAGUUUCUGGAAUCGGGGUUCUGUGCUGGGACUGACUGCUCUUGUGGAGAAUUGUGUGUCAGUGGGAGAGGCCCUCCUGAUUCUGGGGCCUGCCAGGAUGGGGCCCCUGAGGCACAGCCCAGGCCCUGGGGGGCAACGGCUACUACUGCCCUCCAUGCUGCUAGCACUGCUGCUCCUGGUGGCUCCAUCCCCAGGCCACGCCACUCGGGUAGUGUACAAGGUGCCGGAGGAACAGCCACCCAACACCCUCAUUGGGAGCCUCGCAGCCGACUAUGGUUUUCCAGAUGUGGGGCACCUGUACAAGCUAGAGGUGGGUGCCCCGUACCUUCGCGUGGAUGGCAAGACAGGUGACAUUUUCACCACCGAGACCUCCAUCGACCGUGAGGGGCUCCGUGAAUGCCAGAACCAGCUCCCUGGUGAUCCCUGCAUCCUGGAGUUUGAGGUGUCUAUCACAGACCUCGUGCAGAAUGGCAGCCCCCGGCUGCUAGAGGGCCAGAUAGAAGUACAAGACAUCAAUGACAACACACCCAACUUCGCCUCACCAGUCAUCACUCUGGCUAUCCCUGAGAACACCAACAUCGGCUCACUCUUCCCCAUCCCGCUGGCUUCAGACCGUGAUGCUGGUCCCAACGGUGUGGCAUCCUAUGAGCUGCAGGCUGGGCCUGAGGCUCAGGAGCUAUUUGGGCUGCAGGUGGCAGAGGACCAGGAGGAGAAGCAACCACAGCUCAUUGUGAUGGGCAACCUGGACCGUGAGCGCUGGGACUCCUACGACCUCACCAUCAAGGUGCAGGAUGGCGGCAGCCCCCCACGCGCCAGCAGUGCCCUGCUGCGUGUCACCGUGCUCGACACCAAUGACAACGCCCCCAAGUUUGAGCGGCCCUCCUAUGAGGCCGAACUAUCUGAGAAUAGCCCCAUAGGCCACUCGGUCAUCCAGGUGAAAGCCAAUGACUCAGACCAAGGUGCCAAUGCAGAGAUCGAAUACACAUUCCACCAGGCGCCCGAAGUUGUGAGGCGUCUUCUUCGACUGGACAGGAACACUGGACUUAUCACUGUUCAGGGCCCGGUGGACCGUGAGGACCUAAGCACCCUGCGCUUCUCAGUGCUUGCUAAGGACCGAGGCACCAACCCCAAGAGUGCCCGUGCCCAGGUGGUUGUGACCGUGAAGGACAUGAAUGACAAUGCCCCCACCAUUGAGAUCCGGGGCAUAGGGCUAGUGACUCAUCAAGAUGGGAUGGCUAACAUCUCAGAGGAUGUGGCAGAGGAGACAGCUGUGGCCCUGGUGCAGGUGUCUGACCGAGAUGAGGGAGAGAAUGCAGCUGUCACCUGUGUGGUGGCAGGUGAUGUGCCCUUCCAGCUGCGCCAGGCCAGUGAGACAGGCAGUGACAGCAAGAAGAAGUAUUUCCUGCAGACUACCACCCCGCUGGACUACGAGAAGGUCAAAGACUACACCAUUGAGAUUGUGGCUGUGGACUCUGGCAACCCCCCACUCUCCAGCACCAACUCCCUCAAGGUGCAGGUGGUGGACGUCAAUGACAACGCACCUGUCUUCACUCAGAGUGUCACUGAGGUCGCCUUCCCGGAAAACAACAAGCCUGGUGAAGUGAUUGCUGAGAUCACUGCCAGUGAUGCUGACUCUGGCUCUAAUGCUGAGCUGGUUUACUCUCUGGAGCCUGAGCCGGCUGCUAAGGGCCUCUUCACCAUCUCACCCGAGACUGGAGAGAUCCAGGUGAAGACAUCCCUGGAUCGGGAACAGCGGGAGAGCUAUGAGUUGAAGGUGGUGGCAGCUGACCGGGGCAGCCCUAGCCUCCAGGGCACAGCCACUGUCCUUGUCAAUGUGCUGGACUGCAAUGACAAUGACCCCAAAUUUAUGCUGAGUGGAUACAACUUCUCAGUGAUGGAGAACAUGCCAGCACUGAGUCCAGUGGGCAUGGUGACUGUCAUUGAUGGAGACAAGGGGGAGAAUGCCCAGGUGCAGCUCUCAGUGGAGCAGGACAACGGUGACUUUGUUAUCCAGAAUGGCACAGGCACCAUCCUAUCCAGCCUGAGCUUUGAUCGAGAGCAACAAAGCACCUACACCUUCCAGCUGAAGGCAGUGGAUGGUGGCGUCCCACCUCGCUCAGCUUACGUUGGUGUCACCAUCAAUGUGCUGGAUGAGAAUGACAACGCACCGUAUAUCACUGCCCCUUCUAACACCUCUCACAGGCUGCUGACCCCCCAGACACGUCUUGGUGAGACGGUCAGCCAGGUGGCAGCCGAGGACUUUGACUCUGGUGUCAAUGCUGAGCUGAUCUACAGCAUUGCAGGUGGCAACCCUUAUGGACUCUUCCAGAUUGGGUCACAUUCAGGUGCCAUCACCCUGGAGAAGGAGAUUGAGCGGCGCCACCAUGGGCUACACCGCCUGGUGGUGAAGGUCAGUGACCGCGGCAAGCCCCCACGCUAUGGCACAGCCUUGGUCCAUCUUUAUGUCAAUGAGACUCUGGCCAACCGCACGCUGCUGGAGACCCUCCUGGGCCACAGCCUGGACACACCGCUGGAUAUUGACAUUGCUGGGGAUCCAGAAUAUGAGCGCUCCAAGCAGCGUGGCAACAUUCUCUUUGGUGUGGUGGCUGGUGUGGUGGCCGUGGCCUUGCUCAUCGCCCUGGCGGUUCUUGUGCGCUACUGCCGACAGCGGGAGGCCAAAAGUGGUUACCAGGCUGGUAAGAAGGAGACCAAGGACCUGUAUGCCCCCAAGCCCAGUGGCAAGGCCUCCAAGGGAAACAAAAGCAAGGGCAAGAAGAGCAAGUCCCCAAAGCCCGUGAAGCCAGUGGAGGACGAGGAUGAGGCCGGGCUGCAGAAGUCCCUCAAGUUCAACCUGAUGAGCGAUGCCCCUGGGGACAGUCCCCGCAUCCACCUGCCCCUCAACUACCCACCAGGCAGCCCUGACCUGGGCCGCCACUAUCGCUCUAACUCCCCACUGCCUUCCAUCCAGCUGCAGCCCCAGUCACCCUCGGCCUCCAAGAAGCACCAGGUGGUACAGGACCUGCCACCUGCAAACACAUUCGUGGGCACCGGGGACACCACGUCCACGGGCUCUGAGCAGUACUCCGACUACAGCUACCGCACCAACCCCCCCAAAUACCCCAGCAAGCAGUUACCUCACCGCCGCGUCACCUUCUCGGCCACCAGCCAGGCCCAGGAGCUGCAGGACCCAUCCCAGCACAGUUACUAUGACAGUGGCCUGGAGGAGUCUGAGACGCCGUCCAGCAAGUCAUCCUCAGGGCCUCGACUCGGUCCCCUGGCCCUGCCUGAGGAUCACUAUGAGCGCACCACCCCUGAUGGCAGCAUAGGAGAGAUGGAGCACCCCGAGAAUGACCUUCGCCCUUUGCCUGAUGUUGCCAUGACAGGCACAUGUACCCGGGAGUGCAGUGAGUUUGGCCACUCUGACACAUGCUGGAUGCCUGGCCAGUCAUCUCCCAGCCGCCGGACCAAGAGCAGCGCCCUCAAACUCUCCACCUUCGUGCCUUACCAGGACCGAGGAGGGCAGGAGCCUGCGGGCGCCGGCAGCCCCAGCCCCCCGGAAGACCGGAACACCAAAACGGCCCCCGUGCGCCUCCUGCCCUCCUACAGUGCCUUCUCCCACAGUAGCCAUGAUUCCUGCAAGGACUCGGCCACCUUGGAGGAAAUCCCCCUGACCCAGACCUCGGACUUCCCACCCGCAGCCACACCGGCAUCUGCCCAGACGGCCAAGCGCGAGAUCUACCUGUGAGCCCCCUACUGGCCGGCUGGCCCCCCUCCCCCAGCCGCCGGCCAGCUCCCAAAUGGCCCAUUCCAGGGCCUCACUCUCAACCCCUUCAGCGUGGACUUCCUGGCCAGGGCCCCAAGUGGGGGUAUCACUGACCUCAUGACCACGCUGGCCCUUCUCCCAUGCAGGGUCCAGGUCCUCUCCCCUCAUUUCCAUCUCCCAGCCCCCAGGGGCCCCUUCCCCUUUAUGGGGCUUUCCCCAGCUGAUGCCCAAGAGGGCUCCUCUGCAAUGACUGGGCUCCUUCCCUUGACUUCCAGGGAGCACCCCCUCGAUUUGGGCAGAUGGUGGAGUCAAGGGUGGGCAGCGUACUUCUAACUCAUUGUUUCCCUCAUGGCCGACCAGGGCGGGGAUAGCAUGCCCAAUUUUAGCCCUGAAGCAGGGCUGAACUGGGGAGCCCCUUUCCCUGGGAGCUCCCAGAGGAAACUCUUGACCACCAGUGGCUCCCUGAAGGGCUUUUGUUACCAAAGGUGGGAUAGGGACGGGGGUGGGAGUGGAGCGGAGGCCUUGUCUUCCCGUGCUGCUCCUGGACUGGCCCACUUGCCUGCCACAUGCCCACGCCUAGUCCCAUCUGGGCCCCCAUUCCCUGCUGGUCAUGCAGUGUCUGUAUAUAAGGACCUUGGAAUGACGUCCCCAUUUCUGCCUGAUUUGCAACUUUUCUUGUUGAUGUCGUGUUGUCUUGGGGGACCCCUCUGGGGGGGGGACCUGCCCUGUGCCCCCUCAUCCCUGCCGCAGUGCCCCCCAACCCAGGCCUCUAUUGUUCCAUGUUGUAAAUACCCCUGGGGCCAUGGUGGGAUGGGGGUGCAGGCCAGGGAAACAAUGGGUGGGUGGGGGUGGGGACGGGGGUAACAUUUGCCUAUCAGCAGAGCUGGGCUUUUAUUUAAUUUUUCUUAAAAAUACAAAUCUCUAUUUUUUUGGAACUGUUGCGCUGUGCCCUGGGGGGAUCCCCGCUCAGGCUGGCCUCCCACAUCCAGAUGAGCAUCACAGAGGGGCCCUGAGGCUGUGAGGGGCAGCUGGACAGGGGUGGGAUGACUGUGCCUCUGGCCUGGUUGGGUGAGUUGGGAGCAGGAAGGUUUGCUCAGGGGGUGGCUGGGUGCUGCUCCCAAUAUAGGGGGCCUGCAUCCUGCCCCCUCCCUGCCCUCUCAACCCCCAGCCCCUGCCAUGACUGACCCGUCAGCCUGUAAAACCACCAUUGCCUUGAUCUCAGGGGGUGGGAGGGCUGCCUCAGGGCACCCUGGGCUCCAGGCCCCCUUCUUCCAGUUGGGCUUCCCUUUGUCAGGGUCAGGGGUCCCAUGGGGGAGGGGGUAGGGAGGUUGGGGGGCAGAGAAGCCCAGUCAGCCAUGAUGAGGUGAAGUUCUCUUCUUCACCUCAGGGGGCCAAGGUGUAAGGGGCAUCCUGCAGAGCCCCCGUCUCCCACUGUGGCCGUCUCAAAGCCUCAGCCCCUCUUCCUUCCAGAAACCCCCACUGCCUUGGCCCAUACCUCUCCAGCUCCCUAGGGGCCCAGGCUGGGAGGCUGGAGACUCAGGGUAUGGCCCUUGCUUGACUUAGUCUAAGCUUGGGGAGGUGGUCCAAGAUUGCGAGGGGUGGGUACAGGCUGCGGGGUCGUCUGGUGCCUUUGGGAGCUGUGCUGCUGGGGUCUUGACUCUUGUACCCCAGAGACCCCACCCCCACCCCGGAAAAGCCAGGGGCCUGAAGAAUCACCCUAUUUAUCUGUCCCUUACCCCCAACUUGGCUUGGGGUGACAGUGCUAGGAAGGAGAGCAUUGUUAGGCUGGUAGCCCUGGCAUACGAAGCCCUUCUACAGAGGGGAAGGGGUAGAAUGGGAUGGGGUGGCAGCAGCCAGGUCUAGGGGUUGGCCAAAGGCUCCUUUCCCUUGGGGAGGCCCAGGAAAUGGGCUGGGGGCUUGUUAAAGAGACAGCCCCUUUCCCCUGCACAAAUGGGGCAGGUGCAAUAGUCUUGGAGUUGGUAGUAUUGGGUGCCCAGCUGGUGGAACAGUGGCCUCAAGAAUUGUCCUGGGUCCUGGAGGUCAGGAUUCGGGCAAGAAGAUUGUAUGAGGCCCAUUUGCUUGGUGGAGAAGGUGGUCCAGACAGGCGGCAUUCCUGGGGUCAGUGGACUCCCACUGGAAGCCCCUAGUGGCCUGGGUACCUUGCCCUGGUCUUAGAGACCCCUGAGCACUGAGCGGAAGAGCAGAGGAGCAUUUUGCACAAUGGAGAAGCCAGAAGAAAGAGGGUGGCCCAGAUGGCUGGGAGAGCUGAGAAGCCCUUCCCACAGGCAAAGACACAGCCCCCAGCCCCCUGGUUGGGGCCAGGGCACUGAGUCUGUCACCAACUGGGCACUGGAGAGAUGAAACCAAAGGUGGGCAGGGGUUGGUGACAGCACUGGGGACUAUUCCUGUGGGUCCUAGGUCUGUGAAGCCCCUCCCCAAUGCCUGUGUCGCGUACAGUUUUAUGUACCAAUAGGCGACAUUUGGCCAGAGGAGAGCCCCCCUCAAACCCAGCCUGACCCAGUCUGUGUCUUCCUAGAGGGGACCUAGUCGGUCCCCAUCCCCCUACUUCAGGGCAUGUCUCUCCGUAGGGGGAGGGUAUAUGGGGACAUAUUUCUCUCCUAGGGUCCUUGAAGUAUGUUUCACAUCCCGGGGUGGGGGGAAGUUCUCUGGGCAUCCCUCACCUCUGGGGGCUCUCUAGGCCCUAUCUCUCCCCUUGGGAGUCUCUGGGGGACAUGUGUUCCUGCUGAGGACCACGGGAGCAUGUCUCCCCCGAUUACCCAGGCUCUCUGGGGAGCCUGUUUUCCUCCCAGGGUUCCUGGGAGUACUUAAGGCAAGUGAGUUUCGGGCCAUCUCUCUUCCCAGGGAAGGGGGCUAUCUCUGAAACACGUCUGGGAAGGGAUGUUUCUGGCCCUGCCCCCAACUCUCCUAUGGGGGUUUCUCUGCCCUGCAGCACUUUAGGAUGAGGCUGGGCAUCUCUGAGUUGUCUUUUCUCCUAGGAGCCCUGGGAUACCUCUCUCUCCCGAGGGUAGGGCCUCUGGAGCCAUUUCUUCCCUGGGUCGGGGCUGUCUCCGGGUGUUGGGAGGGCUUAUGUUGGCCAUGAGAAAGUCUCUUAAGGGGCGUCUCCACUGGGGACUUCUCUGGGAGGGGGGACUGUGUCUCGCCCAUGGGGUUUCGGGCGGGUGUGUCUGCCCAUGGGGAGGGGAGACUGUGUCUCCUCGGGUUAUCUAGUGGGGAGGGGGGCCGUGUCUCUCUCGUGUGUAGGGGGGUGGGGGUCGGGGUGGGGGGUUUUGGGCGCGUCGGGUGCCCACAUUGGGGUCGUGUUUCUCUUGGUUCGUGCCACUUCCCACUGCCUCGCUCCUCCCGGGAAGGGCCCCCGCCCCGCCCCGCCCCACCCCACCCCACCCCACCCCAUCCCUGGCGCUGCGAGCACAAUCCCGUUGAUUUGUAAUGAUUUCUGUCUCUGUCUUUCUCUGACCCCCCCCACCCCCGCCGCCACCCCCCACCCC